AGACAAUUCGUCGUAUAUUAUCAAUCGUACGAAUUUAAUACAGUCUUAGAAGUUGAAGACAUGGGUUUUAUGGUUGGGAAGAGUUCUCCUGAACCCAGUUUGAAGUUGCACUUGUUGCGGCUUGAAAUGCAGCCGUUCAGGUGUCAAGACGUGAAAAUCUGUGAUUUGGCGUUGUAAACAGAGCGAGGACAAUGUCUAAAUUAUUCAUAUAUUGUAACUAUUCAAUUAUUUUCAAUGAUCUAUUGUAUUGGCAGCCGUUGCCGUCCUAAAAUCGUAAGGUCUCUAUUAAGUGUCAACUGAAACCAACCAGCAUCUACUUAAUGAGAUCCACCGAUAGAGCGCAGAGGAAUAACUUUAAAUACUCACCAUAUAUGAAAUCAAAUUUCCCACUAGGAACACACAAUGAAGAAGCUGUUGAGCAGGACACAUUCAAGCGAAACGACUCCCAGCCAAGUUGUCUUUACUCCGGCCAAGACAAGCUCGUCUAUGAAAGCAUUAAAAUCACCGAAAAUUGAGAAUGGCGAUGACAACAACAACAAAAUAGCCAAUGGUCAUGGUGGGAACAAGGCAACGAAAAAUGGAGAAGGCGGCGAAAAGAAACAGAAAUUUGUUCGGCUUAGAAACUGGAUCACUGGGAAGCAAAUUACAGACACACUUCACCAGCAGAAGUCCGACGUAAGGGUUCAUAUAUUACAUUAUUGUUCAGCUCACCCCCCAUUGGGGCUUUUCAGUGAUCGACUACAUCAAGUAUUACACGCUCAUGUUACUUACUUAGCUUAGACUAUUUAUCUUUACAACAAUUGACCAUUUGCGAAAUAGACUACAUUUUGAUCUAAACAAGUCUAGACAAAAAUUUCAUCACAGGUUGAAAGAGCAUCACAAAAUUAGUAAUAUUCCAAAGUUUCGUUGCGAAAUGUUGUAAAAUGCGGAUAAUAUAGCCUUGCGCAGUUUGCAAUUUUCAGUCAUUUUAGAUUACAAACGGGAAAUAGGGUUUGGGGCUGUUAGACAAACAAAAAAUUAACAUUAAUAGAUCUGAACAGACACUACUAAUUAAAGUCCUGGGGCCGGUUGUAUAAAACUCUUAAUCACUUUUUUAAUCACUAUUUUGUAGUUAAAUAGUGAUUAACUCUUAAAUAGGCGUUUUUUAUUGGAUGACGUUUGCACUUAACUAUAGUUAACUUUAAUCACUUUUUUAUACAACCGGCCCCUGCAUUUUUGGUUAAUUACAACACAAAUAUUUCAACGUCAUGUUUACAUAGUCAUCCCACCAAGGCUGGAUAAAGUUCUGAUAAAGUCCUAGGACUGGAUGAAAGUUUGAUAAAGUCCUAGGACUGGAUGAAAGUUUGAUCAAGUCCUAAGACUGGGUGAUGUUUGAUCAAGUCCUAGGUCUGGAUAAAGUUUUGAUAAAGUCCUAAGACUGGAUGAAGUUUGAUCAAGUCCUAGGACUGGAUGAAGUUUGAUCAAGUCCUAGGACUGGAUGAAGUUUGAUCAAGUCCUAGGACUGGAUGAAGUUUGAUCAAGUCCUAGGACUGGAUAAAGUUUUGAUCAAGUCCUAGGACUGGAUGAAAGUUUGAUCAAGUCCUAGGACUGGACGAUGUUUGAUCAAGUCGUAGGUCUGGAUGAAAUUAGAUCAAGUCCUAGGACUGGAUGAAGUUUGAUUAAGUCCUAGGACUGGAUGAAGUUCGAUCAAGUCCCAGGACUGGAUGAAGUUUGAUCAAGUCUUCGACCGAACUUUAUCCAAUCGUUGGACUGGCCCCAAAUUUUAUACAAACUGAUACAAACGUGACAAUUCUAUUUAGCUAUCACAUUGUGAUGAGCAUCGCUGCAAGGGCUCCAUUAUGUUUCCAAGAAAAAAUAUCUCAAAUGGAGAGCUGAUGCCGAAAGAAGUGGCGAAAAAAGACGCUGUGGAUUUUCUCAGACAAUAUUACGCUUCUUUGAAAAAGUAAGUAAGACAGUUAGUCUUCUUCACGCCCAAAGGUCGCGGGUUCGAUUCCCACCGUGGUCAGGCAAAUUUUUCAGCUUGCCCAGUGUGGAUGCACACUCAUUUAGCGAAACAUCACAAACAAAAUACAACUUGAUUUCAGAGAGGACACUCCGGCACAUAGCACAAGAGUACAGCAAGUUUUAAAAGAGAUCGAAGACAGAGGAACGUACGAAAUGGAUGCAAAAGAACUUGUGUUUGGUGUAAAACUGGCAUGGAGAAAUGCCCCCAGAUGUGUGGGCAGGAUCCAAUGGAAUAAAAUACAGGUAGGCGGGUGGGUCUGUGUUUUUGCUACAGCAGGUACAGUGGGUAAGUAGUUGGUUUACAGUAGGUAGGUGGGUGAUUAGGUUAGAGUGCUUGUGUUUGGUGCUAAACUAGUGUACGUAAAUGCCCCCAGGUGUGGGGAGGAUCCACUGCAGUAACCUACAACAGACGAAAAUAGCUCGUCAUGUGUUUAAGGGUUUUUGUAAAUGGUAAUUGCAAGUGUAAAUUUUACACAUUUCAGACCUUACUCGACAACUGGGCUCUAUAGACCCAUUGCGCAAGACGUCACAGCGCCGGUGACGAUGCAUCUGGAGGACAACUUAGCAAUCUAUGCAUAAUAUAACUUAUGUAAACAAAGCAAAUUUUCUAAAACUUUAUAAUAAUUUUGUAUUAAAAUGGUUAAUUUUUGCGCUGUAUGUGGUUGUUGCACCCGAAUAGAUAUUGUUAGGGAGCAUUUGGAGGACACUCUAACACGCCUGGUUAGGUUUAAAUAUGUAUAAAGUUUACACCAGAAAUUUUUAUCUACAAAAAUAUUUUAUCAUUUGAUUCUGUCGGGUGGGUGCUCGGACUCCUGUUUUGUGUUUACACCAAGACCGAAGAUCUGUCAGACGGAUGACGCGACUUGACUUGACGGACUGAUUCGUCUCUAUAGAAUAUUAAAUCUGAUCGUUAUUAUAUUAUCAUAUAUCUGAAUAUAGGUGUUUGACUGCCGAGAUGUCUUCAACGCCCAGCAAAUGUUUGAAGCGAUAUGCAAACACAUCAAAUAUGGCACCAACAAAGGAAACCUAAGGUAAAUAUUAGGAAAGAUUUCCUGUAUGGUUAAUAUCAGCCGUCGUUAAAUCUUCUUCUUAUUUCAAUAAGCAAUGAAAGUUGCAGAAACUCUUAUGCAAACUUUAAACAGGGUAAUUUAGGAAACUUACAUCUACAUUGAAAAGGAAAGCAGUGCAAGUUUUACGCAACAAAUUUACGCAAUAAAAACAUAAACAUUAAACAUCCAAAGCAAACUUGCUCUAUAUUUUACGAUUUCCCGUAAAUCAAUUCUUCUUAUUUAUUCAAAGCAAAAUUGUUUGAAAGCUCAUUGUAUGAAACAAUUUUCCAAAUUUUUUUUUGAAAAUCGAAAUGUUGCUUAUCCCACUCCUAGCAAACAGACAUAUUCUUGAGAUCAGUGAGGAUUAUUGAUGAACUUGACUUCGCUAAUGAUUUCCUUUCCCCAGAUGUACAUAGCCGAGCGGAAUUAGUACCCUCGCUAUCUAAUAUCUGUCUAAUAUAAAAUAAUUAUAAAUUUAGAUCAGCCAUCACGAUAUUUCCUCAGCGACAAGGCCCAGGGAGGGACUUCCGUGUGUGGAACGGUCAGUUUAUCAAGUAUGCUGGAUAUAAACAGGAGGAUGGCUCAAUCAUUGGAGAUCCAGCCAGUGUCGAGUUUACUGAGGUGAAGUCAACUUUAUCAGUUUUAUCUACAGGUUAUAAUUUCAUGUCCUAUAGACAAUUAUAUCUACCACUAAGUAUGCCAUCAAUAAAACAUAAAUAACAUUGACUGAAACCUGACUCUCAAACAAUCCUGUACCCGAACGAUCACAUGCAACUGAGACGACACAGCAACUACAUGUUGGUCGUAGGAAUUAAACCCUGAUCGCAGAGGUGAACAGGGAAGGAUUUCCUGGGGGUAUGCGGAGGAGGGGGAGGGGGGGUGGCUACUAUCCUGACGAAAUCAAUUUUCAGCGAUUGAUGAAAUCCAUUUUCAUCGAUUGAUGAAAUCCAUUUUCAUCGAUUUGGAAAGGAAACUGCAAAAGCCGGUUCAUCUGUUCAUGAUAAUUUGAGUUUGACGCCAUAUUUACAGCAUUAGAAGCAAAAAUUACUUAACUUCAAGCUUCCAGCUCUUCAUUUUAGCAUUAUUUUAUAGAUAAAGCACCAUCAGCAUACCUUCGUUUGAAAAACAUAUUAAUGUAUUAUUAAUGUAUAACAUUAAUGUAAUAACCAAGUGGUUUAUUAUAUACUCUGACUCUUUAGUUUUAUAAAAGAAAAGAGUGACCGUCAUUUUUGAGCGAGUGUUAUGUGACAUACAAGCAAGGGUGGGUUGACUACAAAAUUUUUGUAGUCCGCUAUAACUACAGCUACUUCAAAAAUAUGUAGUCAGCUACAACUACUGCUACUUUUGAACAAAGGUAGUUCGCUACUGACUAUAGCUACUGCUUAAAAAAUGUAGCGAACUAUUUCGCUAUAUUUUUUAGUUUUACUGUAUUUGGAGCAUCUAUACUAACUCAGACUGUAAUGUAACCUAUAACAAAUAGACUUACGAGUAGCAACAGUAAACACAAAGCAACAUUUUUGUAAUCACUACAGUGCUCAGGAGUGCAAAUUGACUAUUGAGUAUCAAUUUUAAGCAAACCGUAUCUCAAUAUCAUGCUAUUCUAUCAAGUUGUUAACAAUUUUUAAAAGUAGCGAAUAGCGAUUUGCUGUUUGAAAAGUAGUCAACUACUUGGCUACUUUUAGGCAAAAUAUAGUUCGCUAUAACUACAGCUACUGUUUUAAAAAUGUAGUCAAAAACUACUGGCUACUUGAAAAUUGUAGUUCGCUACAGUAGCGAACUACAACUACUUCGCUACUACCCACUCUUGCAUACAAGAAAAUCUUCUUUUAAACGAUCAUUUUUCUCGUAUCAACAGAUAUGUGUCGGUCUAGGUUGGCAACCUAAAAAUGGUAGAUUUGAUGUUCUACCGUUGGUCCUUCAAGCGAAUGGCGAAGAACCCGAGGUGUUUGAAAUUCCUGAGGAUUUGAUUUUGGAAGUGAACAUAACUCAUCCAGAGUA